AUGGAGUGGUUAACGAGCGCCGAGGGCCUGAAUGCCCGUCAGGAGCUGGAGGCGUCCGUUCGUGAGCACCACCCUAGCUUGCGUGAUGAGGAGGUCGACCUCAUUGUGGACGGUCGUCUACUACGCAUGGUUCGGGAGCGCGCGGCGGAGCAAGCACCUGCGAGCGGCCAACAAGGAGGAAUCGGUGAAGGAGGAGCUGAGCACGAGGCUCUUGGUGCCGUGGGCAUUGAUGGAGGAGCUGUUGCACCGACCAUUGACACGGGAAUGAUCGGGGCGAGCUACGGCCAAUUCAAGUUUGGAGUAGAGCACAUCUCCGUAUCGCCGCUGCUGGAGGGAAGGCACGAUCUUACCGUGUGGGUCAGCGCCAUCCGACCUCAGCUCCAGUGUGCUGAUUUGUGGCAGUUUUGCAACGGGACAGCACCAAGCCCGGCCCCAAACAACCUCUUGCAACGAAGGGAGUACGCAAAGGUCCAAAUGCUUGCAUUCAUGGUGCUGAACCGAUGUGUUUCUCCACCCAUCCGAAUGUCCAUCUCUGGUUUCUCUCAGCAAGAGAAAGCCGGGCAGCUAGCAUGGGCAUAUAUCUUGUCUACUUAUCAAGUUCGUGAUGCCCUCCACGCUUCCCUACUUCAGACCCAGUUAGCCCAACUCAGGAAGGGAGACGAUGAGACAGCGGAAUCCUACUGCAAUAGGGCCCGCACCAUCCGAGCGGAGCUGCUGACCAUUGGACAGGAGGUCCACAUGGCCACGUUUGCCGCCCACGUGCUCAAGGGCCUACCAUCGGAGUACGGAUUUCUUCGCCGCAAGCUCGAAAUUUCCAGUCCUGACAUGACGGUGGAACGCGUGUGCAGCGAGGUGUUGAUGGAGGAGCAGACUCUCUCCAUCGAACAGAGUUACAAGCAGAUCACCAGCGAUGCAUCAGCUUUCUCGGGCGCUGGCAACACCAUCGUGGCUACAACGGGGGUCAACGGGAAGGAAGGAAAAGGGGGAAGGGAGCAGACGGACAAGAAGAAGGAUGGCAAGCGGGAGAAGAAGCGAGCCCCCUUCAAGGGGCGCUGCUACAACUGCAAUGAGGAGGGGCACAUGGCUGCCAAGUGCCCCAACAAGAAGAAAGAUACAACGCCCGCGGCAGCCGCGAACGUAGCUGAAGGAGACGGGAAGGGCGUGGCGCUCACCGUCGCGUGUUCGGCUGCAAAGUUGCUGGCCGACGACAAGGACUUGUGGUUCCUUGACUCAAGAUGCUCUCAACACAUGACCGGCCGCAAGGAGUGGUUCACGGUGAUCCGUGACCCAUCUGCAACGAAAUCAGUCAAAGGGUUUGAUGGUUCUAUGCAGGAAGUUGCCGGUGUUGGUGAGGUUUUGCUGGAGGGCACUAACGGCUUGCGUGUGACCCUACAUGAUGUCCUCUUUGUGCCAGGAAUGAAGGCCAACUUGGUCUCCCCUGGGCAGCUCUUGGACAAGGGAGCAAAGCUGCAAACCGAGGAAGGUGUCACUCGCAUCAUCGCAUCAGGAGGUCAAGUGGCUGCAACGGCACGAUACCGCCAUCACCUUCACUGCCUUGACAUGAAACCGGGGCCAGCAAGGAACGGUGCGAUGGCUGCAGCGGCAUGCAACGGCACGGCGGCUGUAGCGGCAUGCAACGGCACGGCGGCUGCAGCGGCAUGCACCAAUAUGGCGGGUGGAGCGGCGAGCAACAGCACAGCGGCUGCAGCGACAUGCAACGGCACGGAGGCUGCAGCGGCAUGCAACGGCAGGGCGGCUGCGACGGCAUGCAACGGCAGGGCGGCUGCGGCGGCAUGCAACGGCACGGUGGCUGCAGCAAUAUGCAACAAUACGGCGGCAUGCAAUGGCAUGGCGGCUGAGGUGGCAUGCAACGGUAUGCCUAAGGCAUUUGCUGAGAAUGACCAUGCUGGUGCGGUGCAGUGGACAGCCACAAACAGUGGCAUGCUGGGCAUGGACCUAGAGAAAGGAGGGGAGGACACGUCGAGCGCCUCCUCCCAAGAAGCCAAACUCACUCGUCAAACGCUUCCGCUGCCUGACGAGCGAGAGGGGGAGGUUCUUGGGAUGGUCCAUGGCCCUGGGCAGAAUCAACCGCCGUCACGUACUGUCAUCAUAAUCACAGUGCCGUCCGUGCAAGGGGGCGAACAACCGUUUGAUCGUUCGGUUGACCCUGCGGGCAGCAACGCAACCAUGGCUCCACCAGCUCUCUGUCCAUCCUUAGCUGCUGGCUUGGCACCUGUGGGACCAGAUGUUGGUCCCUCUGCGGAUGAACGUCGUGCAGCUGAUGAAGACAAGGAAGGAGAGGCAACGGACCUGAAAUCGGCGGCAACCCAUGGGAAGGACCCCAUACCUACGGUUCCGCCCCUCCAGCCCACUCCCCCACCCCCAUGUCAUUCUAGCAGGUCCAACAAGGGUAUGCCACCUGUACGGUUUCCCACAUCAACCAUGACGGCCUCGGAUGCGGAUGAUGGCAACAACAUGUACGACAUGGCAUUCCUUGCUGGAGGUGUUUAUGGCACGGACAUCUACUAUGAUGUGGAGUACUUGGAUGAGGCUGAUGAGGAGGAAGGGGGAUUGGGGAGCGUCAUCAUCAACCUCGGAGUAACCUUGACCGGACCUGAAGGCAAGGUGGUGGACAAAGGUCUCCUCGUGGUGGAAUACAUGUCGUCCACGGAAGGCUAUCUUGGUCUGCAGAUUGUGCGCGACCGCCCCAACAAGACACUCCUCCUGCACGAGAAUGCAUAUGUGGCGAAGGUGCAGGAGCGGUUCUUCAAGGGGGCGCCACUGAAGAAGCAGCCGAUCACCCCUCUCUCCUCUACCAGCUUUGUCAUGGAGGAUGCUGAGCUGUUUGCCGAUCGCACCAUGACCGACCGCCUUGCAGCAGGUGCACACCUCAGGACGGAUGCGCAUUGUCAUAAGCCCUUCCGCACACACUCCUACAAGGCUGCCUCAACGGACAAGGGGCUGCUGUUCAAGGGAGGACCAAAGACAGCCAGGCUGGUCCAGCGUGCUCCUGACAGCAAGGGGGCGUAUUAG